CUCUGGCCAAGCCCAGUUCUUGAAAGGGAUAAAACCCAAGGUGAGUCCAGGCGAGCCAGAACCUAAAGGCUAUUCGCUCUCGCCUUUGCUUUGCUGCCCUUGGACACCAACUUCCACCAUGACCCAGCGAUCCUCUGUGACCAUCAAGUCCGGGGGCACACGGAACUUCAGCGCCUCCUCAGCCAGCCUGCUCUCUGGCUGCCGGCCUGGUUUCAGCUCUGUCUCCGUGUCCCAGAGUGGAAAGAGUUUUGGAGGCGGCUUUGGGGGUGGUUUUGGGACAAGAAGCCUGCACAGUUUUGGGGGUAACAAAAGAAUCUCCAUCGGUGGGGGCUACCGCUCCAGCCGGGCCAGCUUUGGGGGUGCUGCCUGCGGUCUGGGUGUCAGCGGCAUAGGGUACAGAGUUGGGGGAGCCUAUGGCGGGUAUGGAUUUGGAGGCGGGAUGGCCCCUGGAGCUGGAGGCAUCCAUGAAGUCACCGUCAACCAGAGUCUCCUCACCCCCCUGCACCUGGAGAUUGAUCCGUCUCUCCAGCGGGUUCGAAAGGAGGAGAAGGAGCAGAUCAAGACCCUCAACAACAAGUUCGCCUCCUUCAUUGACAAGGUGCGGUUCCUGGAGCAGCAGAACAAAGUCCUAGAGACCAAAUGGAGCCUCCUGCAAGACCACAAAACAACCAGGACCAACCUAGAGCCCAUGUUUGAAGCCUACAUCACCAACCUGAGGCGCCAGCUGGAGUGUCUGGGAGGAGAGCGGGGCAGGCUGGAAACAGAGCUGAAGAGUAUGCAGGACGUGGUGGAGGACUUCAAGAACAAGUACGAAGAGGAAAUCCACAGGCGCACAGCGGCAGAGAAUGAGUUCGUAGUACUCAAAAAAGAUGUGGAUGCUGCCUACAUGAAUAAAGUGGAGCUAGAGGCCAAGGUGGACGCCCUGAUGGACGAGAUCAGCUUCCUGAGAGCUUUCUAUGAGGCGGAGCUGGCUCAGCUUCAGGCUCAGAUCUCUGAGACCUCUGUGGUCCUGUCCAUGGACAACAACCGCAGCCUGGACCUAAACAGCAUCAUUGCCGAGGUCAAGGCCCAGUACGAGGACAUUGCCAACCGCAGCCGGGCAGAGGCUGAAUCCUGGUACCAGACCAAGUAUGAGGAGCUGCAGCGGUCUGCCGGCCAGCAUGGGGAUGACCUCCGUACCACCAAGAUGGAGAUCUCUGAGCUGAACAGGGCCAUGCAGAGGCUGCGUUCUGAGAUCGAUAACCUGAAGAAGCAGUGUGCCACACUCCAGGCUUCCAUCGCUGAUGCUGAGCAGCGUGGGGAGUUGGCUCUCAAAGACGCCAAGCACAAGCUGGCAGAGCUGGAGGAGGCCCUGCAGAAGGCCAAGCAGGACAUGGCCCGGCAGCUGCGCGAGUACCAGGAGCUCAUGAACGUCAAGCUGGCCCUGGACAUCGAGAUCGCCACCUACCGCAAGCUGCUGGAGGGGGAGGAGUGCAGGCUCACCGGAGAAGGUGUUGGCGCCGUGAACAUCUCUGUGGUCUCUUCCUCGGGGGGCUCAGGCUACAGUGGAGGUGGCGGCCUCUGCAUGAGUGGCGGCAGUUACAGCGGUGGCGGCGGCGGCUACAGUGGCAGUGGCCUCUGCUACGGUGGCGGAGGGAGUGGCGGUUUCAGCUCCACCAGCGGUCGCAGUGUGAGUGGCAGCAGCUCAAGCAUGCGCAUUGUCUCCAAGACGUCGUCCAGCAAGAAGAGUUACAGGAGCUAAGGUGCUACCCGCCUUUGCACCGUCCCCGGGCCCCCAGCUCCCCAGCACUAAGGCCUGAUGCUUUGCCCAUGCUCACCAUCCCCAGCAAGAGACACUGACACCAAGUGGCCUAUGAGUUUUAAGGUUACCUUGUCCAUCCUCUGCUUCCAGGCAGGCCUCCACAGAGAAGCCCCACCCAUUCUCAUCUCCAAGUCCUCCCUUACCCACACUGACUCUAGGCUCGGCCUUUGCCCCUAAGCAGUAGGGGUUGCGGGAAUUCCUCCUCAACCUGCUUGGGCUCUACAAUCACAAGAGAUUCUUCUUACUCAGUUCUCCAUGGGACUUUAAACUUAACUCCGGUGGCCCAGAGUCACCUUUCUCUGUGUGCUUCCCAGGCUCUGAGGUGACUGAGCUGUGAGGAUCAUCCAACCCUCGACCUGGCUCUCUAAGCACUCGGGGCAGAGCCAGACAGGGAGCUGGAGGAGAAAGGUAGAUCUCUGCUGCUUUCUCUUGCUCCGGGGCACAGGGACACAGGUAGCAGAGGGAAGUGUGAGGGAAUAGGAAAAGGAGCUUCACGGAGGGUUUUGGAAACUGGUCUUCACAGUGGUUUCAUCUGAAGAGUUGUGAGCCCUCAACUAUCUGCUAUGAAUUCAAAACCAAAAUAUUUCCCCAAGGCAAUUAGACUGUCCACUGCUCUGCUGUGCGUAAAGGAAGUUAACAGCUUUGAAGUAGCAGCCAGACCUCCCGAGCUGCCCGCUCCCCUUCUGCAUGCCUGUUUCCUAGAACUGCUUCAAUAAAAUGUCACUGAGCACC